AGCAUUCUGGUGUGGCAGCCCACCCAACCCCCUGACUUCCCCAUUGGUGAAGCCUUCUAAAAAACGGAAGCAGGCGCUACCAUUUUGAAACACGGCACUGCUUAGCUCCACUAUGGACAAGAGCAACACGGUGAAGCUCUUUGUGGGCAACCUGGCUCUAGACACCACCCAGGAGGAGCUUUCUGCCAUCUUUGAGGCGUACGGCCAGGUGGUCAGCUGCAGCGUUCUCCGACAGUUCGCCUUCGUACACCUACAGGGUGAGGGUGCUGCGGAGCGGGCCAUCAGGGAGCUGAACGGCAGGGAGUUCCGGGGGAGGAACCUGGUGGUAGAGGAGUCCCGGGGCAGACCUCUCCACUCCACCAAGGUGUUUGUGGGGAACCUGUCGGGCAUGUGCACCACCGAGGACCUCCAGGAGCUCUUCCAGACCUUUGGUAAAGUGCUGGAGUGCGACAAAGUCAAAGCCAGGCUCUCCUCUUCUGCAGGCUACGCCUUCGUGCACAUGGAGAACAAGGAGGAGGCUCUUCAGGCCAUCGAGGCCCUCCACGGCACCUCCUUCAAGGGACGCCCGCUCUCCGUGGAGCUCUCCAAGGUGCAGCCCUCCAAGCAGACCCCGACGGGGAAGAUCCCCUGUGUGAGCUGUGGGAAGCAGGGCCACUACGCCGGGGAGUGCCCUGUAGGGAAGUCCUCUCUGGAACAGUACCAGAGCCAGGCAGCUGUGCUAGCUGCAGCCGCCGCCGCCGCAGCCGGCCUGCCCCUCCAGGUCCAGCAAAGCGUCCACAACUCUGUCUACAACACCUCGACCUUUGACCCCACCUACGCGGCGUUGACGGGUCUCACCACCGGCACGCGAGCGGAAGGCAACCCCGUCAACCAGGCGGUGUAUGGUGCCCUGGCAACGCAGGUCUACGGCGCUAACGUGGCCAAUCAGCUCUAUGGGGUCCAGGCAGCCAAUCAGGCGGCAGCGUUGACGCAGGCGGGCGCCACGCAGGUGUAUGCCAGCUCCAUGAACCCCAGCCACGCCGCUCUCUACGGUCAGCUCAGUCAGAUUGCCGCCAGCCCCGCUGCAGCGUCCGCUGCCGCCGCCUACUCCACACCAGUUUACGCGCAUGCCAUGGCUAACCACCACCACCCGGGGGCCAUCUACCUGGCAGCACCUGGCGUAGAGAUGCCUGCGGCCGCCGCGGCAGUCAACCAGGCCUACGCCAUGGCGCCGGCGCUCUAUGGGGGUGCCCAGCAUGCCUACGGCCACUUGGGGAUGGGUGCCGCCAUGAGCGCGUCGGCAGAUCCUUCGGCGGCCAUCUUUGAAGCAGCGAGGGUGCAGCACUACUUCGCCCAGGGACAGCAGGUUCUGGCUGAGCAGCAGAACGCGGCGGCAGUGGCGGCGGCACAAGCGGCAAAGUCUGGAGAGAGGGACCGGAGUCCACUGAGGCGCUCUGCGGGGUCCCUGCUGCCCGAUCCCGUCAUGAAGCCCUUCAUGUACCAGAGAGCCCCCAAGCAGCGCCGGCCGCUGCUCCCCACCCCUGCCGGGCGAGCUGCAGAGGAAGCAGCGGAGGCUGCAGAGGACCCCAUGGCUAGAGAGCAGUGCCAACAGUACGCUGAAUGCUACCACCAACAGUACCAGCAGCUCCAGCAGUUACAAGAGCAGUACCAACAGUAUGCUGAGUACUACCACCAGCAGCACCAACAGCACCAGCAGCUCCAGCAGUUACAGUACUAUGCGGAGUACUACCAGCAGUACCAGCAGUAUCAGCAACUCCAGCAGUACCAGCAACUCCAACAGUACCAGCAACUCCAACAGCUCCAGUACGCCUACCCGCCUCCCAACCACCACGCCAUAGCUGCCAUCCCUGCCCACGCCAUGGCGGGCCACGCCCACCACCACGGCCAACCGGCCCACGUCACGGCGCUGGACGCCGCCCUCAGGCCAGUGGUGCCCGCCUCCGCCGUGGCCGCCGCCAUGGUGGCAGCGCCCAGAGUGUAUGAGCCGCCGCUGCCGCCGCCACCGAACCGCAAGGAGGCCGUCCUCCGCCGAGCCCCCGAACUCUCCCUUCACACGCCUGAGCCCCCCUUCAGAUAGUCACCUCCCUCGUACCCCUCUGUUUCCCCCCGCCUAUCACUGUAUACCACCCUCGUACCCCUCCUCACUCUCAGCGGCUGUGUGUGUCUGUGUAUAUCUGUGUGUGUGGGUAUAUUUGUGUGUACUGUGGCGGUGGGGAUUUGUGUGUGAGUGUGUUUGGAGUUUAGGAGUUGUCCCUUGACUACAGUAAGAACCCAACCCCAACUUGGUCCUGGUACCACACUAACAGUGCAGUUAAAGAAGGGAAGACAUUCUGUCAUCUUACCACCACACAAUGUUUAGCUAUUGACUCUCAAUUGUAGACAGGUGCCAGUAGCAGACAGUCAAUUCCUUCAACAUAGAGAUGAGGUCAAAAAUAUCACAACCGAUUCUUGUACUGUCUGCGCUGUGGUGUGUUGCGUAGCUCCAGGGUUGGAGGGGUCUGUGUGUCUUGUACCAGUCGGGACUGUGGUGCGUGUGUGUGUGUGUGUGUGUGGGAGAGUGAUGUUGGCUUUCUGUUGUUACGAUGUAAUGCACACAGUCCCACGCGUGCUGCCGUGUUCCCUCAUCAGCUCUCCCCUGGGAGAUUGGAGGAACAUAGGCACACUGUACUAUAUGAAACUACCCCCUACCUCUCCUACCCCCUCCCUCCUUCCCUCACACCGCUGUAACCACAGCACUGAAAGACACUGCUGCAUUUCUGACCUUAUUUACUCUGUCUAUACCUUAGCCUGGGUAAACCAAAUUAAAUGCCGGGAUCACCACUGAAACAAUAGAGGGUUUAACAUUCAGUCUAUCUAUACCUACCUCUGACAAUGAGAGCACAGAGAUUAGCUGGUUAGAAUAUGKAUGGUCUGCCUUCUGUCCAUACAGUUUAUCAGUCAGUCAGUUGCAGGGUUGGGGUCCAUUUCAAUUAAAUUCAGUGAAUUUAAAAUGGAAUUGACCCCAUCCCUGGUCAAUAYUUUGGAGAAGAAUGACACGUUUUAGGGACAACGUUUUCUAUGUACUGUACUACUAGAGUCUUACUGCAUCAGUGCAUUUUGAGAGGCCUUUUAAAGUAGGAAUUAUUUUAGUUUCGUUUUUUUGUAAUGUAAGUGGUUGUCGGGUCGAUGAAYAUUACAUUCUAACCCCUCAGAUCAAGUAUGAAUUAUUUUAUGGAUUUUAUAAUUAAGUUCACUUUUUAGACUUGCUAGAGAAUUUCAAUGAGGUUAAAGGAAAACUCCACCCAAAACCUAUAUUUUGGUGUUUGUUUCAUUAAUCCAUUGUUGACAUAGUCCCAAAAUGUUUUUGUCAAGUUUUCAACGAUAUGUAACUUUAAAAAUACAGAUCAUCCCUGUAUGAUCCAUUUUGCAUCAUAUGAUGUAGCGUUUUGAAAGUUACAUAUCUUUGCUGACAGUCCCAAAAUGUUUUGCUUAUGUCAACAAUGCACUAAUGAAACAAACACCAAAAUAUUGUUUUUGGGUGGAAUUUUCCUUUAACAUUGUGCCUAAGCUUUGUCUGAACUGCAUAUAGUGGAGGGAAUAUCUCCUUUUUGAAGUGCUUUUGUUCUUACACGUCAGUCUUUUUAAUCUGCGAUGGAGGGAAAAGGGUUCGGAUAAUGUGACGUGAUGAUUUUUUUGUGGUGCGGUAAAGUUCACACCGAUGAUAUGACGAUGAGAGAUGGAGCAGUAUCUUUCAGUCGCCCUGUUCCGACGUAUCCUUGCACCCCGCUGUAAGACGACUCACUACCCCCGUACCCCGCUGUGUCCUUCCUCUUCUCCCUGUGAUUUUAGUGAUGUAGUAUUUUAUCUUGCAUAUAAUCUCUCUGUCUCUCACACACACACACAGUUUCAUCUGUGGGAUCUCGACGAUCAGGGAAAAAAACACCCUUUCUUGUUAUGCUUGUUGCUUGCCUUGUUUCUGACCGUGUUUUUAGAACUAUUUAAAAUAUUUCUUUUUUUUUAACAAAAAGAAAAAAGGCAUGCUUUUUAAUAUGUAUACUACACAUACCCACCAUUUAAAAAUAAAGAAUGUUUCUGACUACWGUGAGGAAAAGAAAAAACUGCGUUUCGGAUGUAUUUCCCCGUUCUUGUUUUUACGUUUUUUUUCGUCUUUCUUACUCCUUCCCGUCUCUCCUUCCUUGUUGUAAUGACCAGACCCAUAUGACUGGGGACCAGGGUGGCAGAGAAAAGGAGGAGUAGCGUCUGUGUGUGCGCCCCCCCUAGUCUGCCUCGUGGAUGGGGUAAGUCUGGUCUGGGGUCAGCGCUCCUCUCUCCAGCCUCACCCAAACUCUAGGCCUAUAGCACAGUCAGACAGACCCUGGGUGCGUGCCAAUAACAUUUAUUUUCUCCUCAACUGUACACUUGUUCACUUCCCUUUACUGUUGCGAGAGGAAAUGCCUGAAAUGAGGUUGUUUUUAUUCUGCCAACUCCUAGGCCAGGUGUAUUCCCUACGAGGUCCGGAUCCUGCUGGUGUUCUGUUCUACCUGAUCAUUAAUUGCACCCACCUGGUGUCCCAGGUCUAAAUCAGGCUUUGACGUUCAGAGUUGAGUUUGAGGGUUCUAGGCCAUGCCUCUGCUAAUCCUAUGUUUUUAAGAUAUGUGGGAAGUUGUGAACAAGUGUAUACUUCAGGAGGAAAGAGAUGACUGGGACAUAACCCCUCGCUGGUACAUCAACAAGGCAUCUACUGUGUUACCAUGCUGUUACCAUGCGCUCAUGUCUGAAAACCGCUUCCGUUACCUCUGAUCUUUUUGAGUUCCGCUUUGUGCCAAACUAGUGUCGAUUUCAUGCCAUUUUAAUUGCAGAUUCAAUGUUGAGUAGAGUGGAGCGCAUUACUUGCUUGCAGAUGACUCCUUGUUUUAACAAUGGGUGGACAAACACACACAUCAGAGACCUGGGGAGAGGCACACAGAUAGAAUGACUGUGGGCGGGGUGCUAUGUGUCUGCUCCUACCCAACAACCUCACCACCAACACCAUGUGUCUGCUCCUACCCAACAACCUCACCACCAACACCAUGUGUCUGUCUCUGCUGUGUUAGAUGUGCAUGUCACUCUGCUCUCUGUCCAAAGCCCCAUACAUACUGACCUACUAUUCCAACUGAAAUAGGUACCGGCCGCCCAGACACCACCCAGCAGGUGUGAGYUGAGAGGGGGAAGACAAUAAACGUCGCGCAGGCAAAUGGGAAGUGGGAACUCAAUCUUCUCCACCAAGGUAAUGAAACAGCACUGUCCCCCUCUCUGACUGUGCCUUGACCGAAACACCCCUCCCCCCCUCCUCGUCCGCCAUCACCACCCCCACCCCCCCUCCGUAGCUCCCCCUCUCACCUGCGUUGAUAUUGCCCGGGGGGCUUCUUUUGGGGGUCACUGCUCACGCUGUGAUGUCUUCUACCAGACUUCCAGUGACUUGUCCUGUCUCUCACCAUGCAGCACCUACAGUGACUGGGCUGUCAGUCUCUCUGUCGUGCUGAUGUGUGUCUGAGAGAGACUAUGUGUGUGUGACUGACUGACUACAUGUUUGAGAGCCAGAGACCGUGUAGGUGAAAGAGUGAGUGAGUGUGUCACUGACUCUACGUGUCUGAGAGAGUGUGUGUGUGUGUGUGUGUGUGUGUAAUGUCGUUGGUGUUUUGAGGCUUGGUACAUGUGGAUCCCCCGCCCCCGCUAGUGACUCCUACACCGCCGUAUUCGCCGCCCCUCCCCCCAACCCAUCCCCCUCUGCGCCUGUCCGCCGUACACAGCUUGCUGCCGCCGCCGCCUGCCGCCAUCUUGGAUCUAGGCUGGGCUCUGUGGAUCAGCAGCUCCCGACUGGCCACACCCACCCCUGGCUAUGGCUGUAACCAUAGAGACCUAUUGAAUGACAAUGGACACCGUGUAUGGUGGCCUAGUGGGGUCACACGGCUGGACAGAGUAUAAACUCAUCAGAGACUUUGUAGGGCGAGAGUUUUUUUGCUUUGCUAAAACUGUGAUGCUGGGUUUGCCAUGGCUGUGUAUGGGAGUUUAAUCACUAUUCACCACCUCCUUGCAGUUGAAUGACUCAAGUCAAACUUAUCUAAUUAAAUCCGAUAACCUGACCUUGCUCUGGAGGAUAACAUUUGGAAUAGGUUUUUUAACAGCGAGUUCCCUAUGGCCCUCUCGCCCUAUCAAAAACGUCCUAUAAGACAGACCGGCCCAGUAAGGGACCAACUACCUGCAGAUUCACUGUAAUCUCAGGACUCCUAUAGGACUUCUUUGGUAUGGGGACUAUCUCUCUCCUCGAGGUAGCUGCUGUCCCUACACCAACCUGCUGUAUCUGUGGGUUGCAAUGUGUAUAUCUGAAUCUCCUCCUUCUGUUGAGAUGAUUGAAUACACACACCCACUCAUCUGAGUUGUCCGACAUGUGGUCUGAACAGCUGAGUAGUGCGUUGCCGGUGGGGGGCAGAGACGAGACGGGGAGAGGGUUUGUUCUCCACCUCUGUCUUAUGAAUGAAGGAAAGGAUAGAUGGAUGGAAGGAAAUGAUAGAUGGAUGGAAUGAAGGUGAGUUGGUAAUGUAGGGAUCUCCAGCUCUGAUCCAUCCCUGUUCCCUAACUCUUCUAUCCUGACCAUGGGGGGCCCUACACGAAAGUCAUAAACACUGGUUCUGCACAAAAUAAACUGAGUAGUCUACCACUGCACUAGGUGGUUUUUGAUGCGUUUUGGCCAAUAUCCCUCUUAAAAAACUUUAAUGUUAUGCCUGUGUUCGUUUCCCAAAAGAACUUGAAAGCCCAUUUUAAUACAUUUGAUAUGAGGGUAAUCGAUACAAAUCUCCCCUUAAGGUUCACCAAAAUAGAACUGAUUCUUCAAUCUCCAUGAUCAGGAUGUGAUGCUCUUUCCCACACAGUCCCCUCUCACUCUGACCUGGAUCUGUGGAGUCUGACUCUCUCUGGUGUUUGAGUAAAUGUAGCCAGCCAUGAAGUUCUCCUGGUCUGCUCCCUAUUGGCUCACACUGACUGACAACCUCAUGGCUGCUCCCUCUCUCUUCACAGCACAGGACAGGGAAGCCAUCAAUGCUGCCUUACACAUAGAAGCUCAACUCCGAUGCUCACCCCGUUCCCUGAAGUGUGCACUUGUUCACUCCCCCUUAAGGAUGUGAGGGGGGGGGAGCAUUCGAUUGUUGUAGACAAAGUAUACCAUGUCUCCAAUACCAAUCCCAUGGUUUUAAAUCCUCACGGAGUGAAUGAGUGCACAUUUGAAAGAGAGGGGACAGAAUUGUAAUUGGGCCACAGUUUUGCGCCCUGGGUCGACACCAAGUCUACUGUCGGUCACACUUAAUAACGUUGUUGCCCAAAUGCUACCUAGUCACAUCAAAUAUUACAUUCUCACAAGCAAGAACUUACUUGUAACUACGCUGUAACUAAGUUGACUUUAUUGAGAAUCUGGGCCCAGUCAAGUGUAGUUACAGUGUAAUGGUGUGUGAUUACAUUUGGUUAGGGAAGAAGCUAUAUAUAGACUUACUACAGUAUAAAGGCAGCUUGAUGUAGUGCUAGCUCUUAUUGUUAUCUAAUACCUAUGAUCUUACUCUGGGGGAUUUCAUUUCUCUUGGUGUUGGAGGAGACAUUUUUAGGGAGAAAGAGCAUCUUUGUACACCAAACUGGAUUGCUGUGGUGAUGUUUUGCAAUGGAUCGAUGUUGAGUCAUUUGUUACUUUAAGCACAUAUAUAGGAAAAACUUAAACAAAGGAUCAGCAUGCUUGACGGAGAUGAAGGGGGACAUUUCCUCGGUGUGAAAUUGUUCACAUCUGUUAAAAGAAAACCCUAAAACUCAUUAUAAUCUGGCAGUGUGAUUUUAAUUUGACAUUUUUUCUUCAAUGUGCAUUAUAAAAAAGUGCAUAAACUAGUUUACUAUACUAAGCAAGGCAUGAACAGUGGCCUUUUUAUAACGCACAUUGCUGAAUAAGUGUCCAAUUAAAUCACACUGCCAGAUGAUGAGUUUUAAAGUAUUUUGCACCAUGAAAAUGUUGCCCAAAAUGUAUUAUGACUAAUGAAUAACCCAAUUUACUAUAAUGUAUACUUCCUUUCUCCUUGCAUUGCUUAUGUCUUGAGGCACUGUACCGUCUGCAUGGCAUUCCCAAAUAAAUGAGUAUUGAAAUAAA